ACUCUUCCACGUUUUAAUUAUUACCGUCUGUUAAUUAACUGGGUCAAACGCUCCGGAGUCCCGCACAGAGACAGGAUGGCGAUGUUCUGGUUCGUGGUUCUGGCCUGCCUGGCCGUGCAAGUAUCUUCUCAGGGAUGCGAUCUGGAGAAAGAGUUCGAGUGUAAGAGCGGGUAUUGUAUAGACAUGUCCAGGAGGUGUAACGGCAUCUUUGAAUGUCUGGACUUCUCCGACGAAGACAACUGUCCAGUGUCGAAGUGCCAGCCGGGAGAGUUCCAGUGCACGUCGGGAGAGUGUAUUUCCGGUGACCUCCGGUGUAACGACUCUCCGGACUGUCCGGACCAGUCAGACGAGGCGGGAUGCGUGAAGAUCCUGUGCCAUGGUCAUUCAUUGAGCUACAACGCUGUUACAAAGUCAUGUAUGACCUGCCAACACAACACACAGGGUCAGAACUGUGACAAGUGUAAGCCUGGUUUCUAUGGCAACGCGAAGGUGGGGACGGCGGAGGACUGCAAACCGUGCGACUGUAACGGUCACUCCACCACGUGUGACAUCACAGGGAAGUGCGAGAACUGCGGCCACAACACAGAGGGAGAGAAGUGUGAGAACUGUCGGCCUGGGUUCCGCGGUGACGCCACCAAAGGGACGGCUGCUGACUGUACACCCAACGACACUCCUGAUCCUAACAACCCAGACCCGACACCCAAACCCACACCCAAGCCAACAGCCCAGCCAAACCCCAACCCCAACCCCACCCCCCAGCCCACCCCCAAGCCCGGCGGGAACCCCACCAAAACUUGUGAUUGCAACGGCCACUCUACAGAAUGCGACGCCAAUGGGAAAUGUAAGAACUGCGAUCACAACACGGAAGGUGACAAGUGUGAGAAGUGCAAGUCUGGAUAUACCGGAGACGCGACCAAAGGAACCCCUACUGACUGUAAAAAUAGCGCCUGUGCCGCCAUGUGCAACAACCACGCCGCGGACUGCGACAUGAAGACAAAGAUCUGUAAGAACUGUCAGGACAACACGGAGGGCCCGAACUGUGAGAAGUGCAAGGACGGCUACACGGGAGACGCGACCAAGGGUCCCUGCACGGCCUGCAGCGAGAAGUGUAACAAGCACAGCAACACGUGUGACAAGGACACGGGGAUCUGCUCGAAUUGCAAAGACAACACGGAGGGUAACAUGUGUGAGAAGUGUAAGACUGGCUACAGUGGUGAUCCCACCAAGGGAACAUCCGACGACUGCAAACCCACCCAGUGUCCCUGCAACAAGCACUCUGACACCUGUCCUGGUGGCGUGUGCAAGGACUGCCAGCAUCACACGACCGGCAUAUACUGUGAGAAAUGUGAGCCUGGCUACUACGGCAGGGCGACGGGACAAACUCCGAACGACUGCAAGAAAUGCCCAUGCCCUCCUCGGUCCAUGAUGUGUGUAGAAGUGCCCGGGGAAGCGCAGCCGAAGUGUAUGGGUUGUGAAGACGGCUACACGGGAGACAAGUGUGAAGACUGUGACACGGAGAACGGGUUCGUGCCCCUGAACGGCGGCGGCGCGGCUCCCACCGGCUGCUGCGUGCGGAAGGGCGUGUCCAGCUGCCCCCGGGGCUAGCCGGUAGAACGGCUCCUGCUGAACAUCGGCAUAAACACGCUGAAUUCGAAGCAUCGUAGUCUUUGUAAUGCAAUAUUAAAAGACGGGUUUGAACAAUUCGAAACAAGUGAUAAGCCGCGAGAAUGACUUGUACACGUCAAAGACAACAAUUAUUUGGUUUAAUUAAGUCGAGUUUUUUGUCUACUUUUUCACAUCGAUUUCUUAGUUGUACAAAUUAGACACACCACACAUAGAACGUUCAAAUGGACGUAUAAUCCGUAAAUUCAUUGCAGUAGUGACAAUAGCAUGUAGACGAAACUGUACACGAUUAAAAGUGACCCAUUUUGUAAUUCAAGUUGUGCAACGAAGUUUAAUGAUCCGUCUGUACCGUAUUAAUGCAUGAACUAUGUUAGUACUGUACUCACAUACUUAUCAUCAAAUGCUGUGUAGAAAUUAUUUGAAAAUUUGAAAAUACACUACUUCAUCUACUUGUCACCAUCGAACAUGCAUAUGCAUAAUGCACAUACAUCACAAGCAUUGCAUAUUUUGUCUUCAGUGUGAAAUUUCGCUUCAAUGCAAACCUGAUCGAUUGCAAUACAUUUGUUGAAAAUCUUCUUUUGAUAUUC